GUGCAACUUUUGAAGGAUCGAAACAUGCUCCUGAGCGAGACUGGUUUGAAGAAGUUGGAUCUGAAGUCGACGAAUGAGGUUCCUACACUUGGUCAACUGCGACCCUGCCGGUCGCUCGAGGUCUUUCUGGUGCUUGGUGCGGCAACUCCCCCAGCUUCAUGCCCCCAGGCUGCGGUGACGCUGCUGUGCCCACGAUGGCCGCCGCGGGCCAAUUCCAUGGCAAAACUUGAAUUGCGAUGUUUUCGUGGAUUAUUCUUGCCAGAUACAGCCUCAAGGAUGCUGAGACAUUUGACCACGCUGCUGGAUUCACUUUGCAGGUCUCCAAAGACGGCUUUGUGUCAACUGCCACUUCAUGCUGCCGGCUCCCCUGAUGAAACGGAGAUAUCGCGUUGGGCAGAUGCGUACAGCUCCGUGGCGGAGUAUUGGGCGGCAAUACCAUGCGCAGGCUGCGCGCGGUCUUUUCAAAGGCGCCCCUGGUGUUUGGAAGAGCUUGAUUGCUUCGAGGCCAUGAAAAAGACAAAUGGCCUCGCUUUGGGGAGGCUAGAGGAGGCCAACAUUUUGCGAAGCUGA